GUCGCUAGCGCCGCUGCGUGCGGUGUGGCUCGGUGCGGAGCGGGGGGCGCCGGUGGCAGCGGGGUGGCGGGACCAUGGAGCUCGGAGCGCAGUCCCGGCGCCGGCUGUGGGACUGCAGACCGUUUUAAUGUUGACUGCUGUUACUACUGAUAUUGGAGACAAAGUGUGAUGCUACAAGUGGAAGUUCUCUGCAACUCCUAGUCAACAAGUAUAAGAUUGUGAGCCAUGCCUUUGGUGAAGAGGAACAUCGAACCCCGGCACUUGUGCCGGGGAGCUCUGCCUGAAGGGAUUACCAGUGAACUUGAAUGUGUAACCAACAGUACUCUAGCUGCAAUCAUACGCCAGCUAAGCAGUCUCAGCAAACAUGCUGAGGACAUAUUUGGUGAGUUGUUUAAUGAGGCUAACAACUUCUACAUCAGAGCAAAUUCUCUUCAAGACAGAAUUGAUCGUCUUGCUGUCAAAGUCACCCAGCUGGACUCCACAGUGGAAGAGGUAUCAUUACAGGAUAUCAACAUGAAAAAAGCUUUCAAAAGUUCCACAGUCCAAGACCAACAAGUGGUUUCAAAGAACAGCAUUCCCAACCCUGUUGCAGACAUUUACAACCAGAGUGAUAAACCACCGCCUCUGAACAUCCUGACACCUUACAGAGAUGAUAAGAAGGAUGGUCUGAAGUUCUAUACUGAUCCUUCCUAUUUCUUUGACCUUUGGAAAGAAAAAAUGCUACAGGACACAGAAGACAAAAGGAAAGAAAAACGACGUCAAAAGGAGCAAAAGCGUAUAGAUGGCACCACCCGAGAGGUGAAAAAGGUUAGAAAAGCCAGGAACAGGCGCCAGGAGUGGAACAUGAUGGCGUAUGACAAAGAGCUUAGACCCGACAACAGGUUGUCUCAGAGUGUGCACCACGGAGCAUCUUCCGAGGGAUCUCUGUCCCCAGACACUAGGUCCCACGCAUCAGAUGUUACAGAUUACUCUUACCCAGCGACACCCAACCACUCUGUGCACCCGCAGCCAGUGACCCCUUCAUAUGCAGCUGGCGAGGCCACAGCACAUGGGGCUCCAAACCAGACCUCUGAGCAUGAGUACCGGCCCCCGUCUGCCUCAGUGAGGCACAUGGCUCUAAACAGACCUCAGCAGCCGCCUCCCCCACCUCCUCCCCAGGCUUCAGAGGGGUCCCAGGCCUCUGCACCAAUGGCUCCAGCAGAUUAUGGGAUGCUCCCGGCACAGAUAAUUGAAUAUUACACCCCUUCAGGACCGCCACCCCCUCCUCCACCCCCCAUGAUUCCCUCGGCACAAACUGCCUUCGUCAGCCCUCUCCAGAUCCCCGCACAGCCCCCCUUCCCCACGUCAGCUGGUUCCACGUACUCAGCUCCCCCUCACCCAUCCUCUGCUGGGCUUCUGGCCACAGCACCACCGCCUCCAGGCCCACCUCCUCCACCGCCAGGCCCUCCUGGCCCAGGCUCUUCCCUUUCAUCCUCUCCAAUGCAUGGGCCCCCUGUGGCUGAGGGAAAGCGUCCAGAGCCCACACAGCCGCCCAUAAGUGAUGCUCGAAGUGACCUUCUUGCUGCCAUCCGCAUGGGAAUCCAGCUGAAGAAGGUUCAGGAGCAGCGAGAGCAGGAGGCUAAGCGGGAGCCAGUUGGGAACGACGUGGCCACAAUCCUAUCCCGACGAAUCGCUGUGGAGUACAGCGACUCUGACGACGAUUCCGAGUUCGAUGAGAAUGACUGGUCCGACUGAGCCAUGUGGAGCGAGUGGCAGGUGGACAGCCAGCACACUGUCUGUAGAAGUGUCCUGGGGGUUCACGUGGUCUCUGCACCUAAAUAGUAGUAUUAUAAUCCUGUAGCUUAGCACCUUUUGUAUUAACAGUGUGAUAUUGCUUCUGCACAUCCACAACUUCUGGGUUUUUUAGUAUUUACUGUGUAAUAUGUAAGUGCCACUAAAUAUAGCACAUCAUGCUGCACAUGAGGAAAUAAGCUGUACCUAUCGCAUUGUCCUGAAAACAGCAUCCUGCUUCCCUCUUGGCCAUGAGAGUACUUUCUUUACUGUUACUGAUCACUUGAUCCUAUGGGCUUGCUAUGUGUUUGUGAAGCUGCCUGAUGUCAGGUCUUUGCAAGAUUAAUGACCAUGUGUCACAGUGAUAUCUUUUGACCAGUAAGUGAUAAUGGUUUUACUAUUUGUUUCUUUUCUUUUUUUACAAUGGGUUUGAGAAGAAGUUGGUUCUACAGGGAAAGGUCUAACAAAUCAGGGGAAUCAAAUGUAUCUACAUGCAGUGUCUUGGCUUGAUAGCCUCUGCAUGGGUUUGUGUACACUGUUGAAUAGUUUAUUGCCUUUGUACAUGCUUGUUAAAUAUAAAUUUAGAAAGGGCCCUUUAUAGGCAAGGUCAAUGCCUGUUGGAAAUUUUUGGUAGGAAGUUGCAGCAGCUCAGUAGCAAUGCCGAUGAGAACAAGAUCCUUGCCCCUUUAGAGGCCAUUGGGAUGCCACGAUAUUGGCCAACCCUGAUGGCCUGGGCACUGACCCUCCAGGACAGACAUGAACCAUCCCAGGACUGCAGUGCCCAACUGAGCUGCCAUGUGUGCACCCUACCAGCUCCCAGUGCAAAGGACUUGCGUGCUUCAUUUCCUGGGACCUGAGUCCCAGGUGAGGCAGCCAGAGUUCUUGGCUCCAUAGUGCACAACAGAAAUAGCAGAGAGAAAAAACACUGUCAGGCUCUCUGCUUGCUCUGAACCUUAAAAGCUCAGGUUUGUAUGAAGGAUACUGACAGCCAGUCACUUUUCAUGGUGCUAUGGCCAGAUUAGGAGUCUGCCCUGUGAUCAGGGCCUUCUCCGGGUUCUAGAAGCACAUAGAUUUCUUCUGUCAUAUUGUUGUUGGCACAUUCUAUUUUAAAAAGUACCUCACAAGAUGUGGCAGAGCACCCUGCUUUCUCCUCUGCCCCCCCUGCUCCUUGUCCUACAUGAUGAUCCCAACAGACCUGGCUAACACAGUGAGGCCUGAGACUGGAUGAAGGACAGCUGCCUGUUGAGAUAAAUAAUGGCUCCAGGAAUGGAUUACAGAUCUGACAGCACAGAUACCCUGAGACUUCCUGAGGAGUUCCCGCCUACUCGCCGCCAUGCAGAUUCCAGGCACAGUUCCGAAAGCAGAGUUGGGUGAGGUGAUGGCGAAUGUCAACAGGAUGGUGAAUUCUAGGGACAUAGCUGCAUCCAUGACACACGCUCUGUCUCUGAGUGGCCAGCUGUCAUCUUAGGGUUGUCUAUCCUGGAUCUUAAUUUUAGCACCUAAAUUAUUGACACUGAAAAGACUGGUGUUACAGCCCCUCUCCAAGGCCGGGCUUUGGCCGUUUGUUGGGAGUCCUCUCAUCUGUGCCCACUGCCUGAACCCUCAACCCGGAGCCUGCCCCGGCUUAGCUGUCACUGUACUUCUAUAAUUUUCAUGACUAUUAGUAGUUAUUGUAAGUUCUUUAAAUUGGUGUCCCUUUACUUUCUCUUUUCUAAUGUAGAGGUCUGUUGUGUUGACUUUAUUUUCAGGACUUUGACCAUUUUUAGUCUUAUUUUGUCUUUAUUAUAGUUGCUGUUGUUGUUUUUUGUGUGCAGCAUGCCCUGCACAGUUCUAGCGCUCACAUUUGGCAAAAACAUCUUUGCUGUGUAUGGCCCUUCUUUUCUCAAGAUGGAGGGAACACAUUAAAGCUACUAGCCAUGUCAGGAAAUCUUCCAUUUAUUCCUUAUCCUAAUAAAAAUUAGUGGCACUUUACUCACAUAUUCAUGAACCUAGUAAUCAUUAGUUGUCUUUCCAUAGUUUUCAUCAAGUUCUUUUUAAUUUGGUUUUAUGAGUAGGCAGAAGGCUUUUGCCCCUGUUGUAUCCUAUAAGCUUU